AUGAGUCAAGACCUAGACCUAUUUGUCCUUGACAAUUCAAUCCGCGAGAGCACGGUGGGGCAACUGAGAGGUCACACUAUCAAGGACAAGUGGGAGAUAUUCAACGAGAUUACAAAAUGCGGCUUCCGUAACCGAAUAGCGGCAAGCUACCACCACCAGAGAAGAGUAGACGACGAAUUCGUGAAGGAACUCUUAGCCAAGGGCGAUGAUCCAGACGGUCUCUGGGCGUUCAGUGGAGUCACCGAAGGCAUCAUUAAAAAGGUACUGGAAAACAUCAAUUCCAGUUGUUUUGGAGUUGUAGGGAACUCUACCUACAACUUCAAGAAGUUCACCGUAGGCGACAUGUGUAGCCUUAUAGAGACGUUGGUAAAAUGGGUGAAAACCAAUUUAGGUUCGAGUUCCAAGAUCCUGGUUAGUCUCAGGAAUCAACCCGAUAUAAUGCCAACAAAACCCAAGCGUGUGUUUCACGUUGUCGACUUCUUAGCCAGACUGAACCUUUUGUUUGGAAUAAUCUUUGAAGAACCACGAGGUAAAUCGCUGCUCGAAGAAUGCGCUACUUGGGCAAAGUUCAUUCGUAAGGUGAUGGACAGUGUCAACUGGAAAGGAAAUCUGCUAGCUCACGUGCAUGAAAAGUUUGGUUACAUGGAUGCAACUGCCUGA